AUGUGGCGAGCUCAAAUCGAUUGUUUCGACCACCCUGAUUGCUUGAUGGGUUAUAUUGCAGGAAGUGUCCUCGCCGCCAGUGCAGCCGAAUACUGGACCUCGUCGAGAUCUGUACAGGCAGAAUCCGAUGCUUUGAGCUGGGUCAUACUUUUGCUUCUAUUCAAGUGUAUCAGACGACCUAGAGCUAGAGCCAAGAGUCCAGAUUUUCCGUUUCAACAUGAAGUCAAGUCCAGAACGGGUUCUUGCUGGAUUGUCGGUGUGGCUAUAGCUGUAGCAUCUGUUUGCUCUGCUGAGAAAAACACUCCUGGUUUCUUAAAACCCGCAUUGAUACCACUAUUACUUCUGAUCGAGGGGCAGCUAGAUCUCCAAUGCCGGCGUUUAAAGACAGGACAGUCGGGUGGAUGGGCAAGUUUAGCGAUCACCACCUGGGGUUCUGUGGCGAUUUCCUUGUUUGGAGUUUGUUCGUUGGCCUGUUGGCAGUUACCGAGCUUGUCUGCUUCAGUGUUGUCCUCCAUUGAGCUCAUGGCUCUUGUCAUUAUCUAUGGGACUUUGCUACCAAAGUCGGCAGCAGUAUGCUCUGUCACACCCUUUGUCGAUAUAGAGGCCGACAUUUCAUCUCUUACUCCGCGGAUCACCAGCUCUUUGCUAAUUGCACUGGUCAUCCAGCGUGUGCUUCUCGGGUUUGUGCCGUUUGAUCUUGGCGCGACACUGCUUGGUGGUGUCGUCAAAGCUGUUACCUGGCUUCUUGCUGUUGAAACGAUUUUGGCCAUUUUUGCUACACGCAACCCAUUCGUAGAAUCUUUUGAAUCACAAGCAUUGGCUAACAUCGUCGGCUCUGGCCUAAUGCUGGGACAACUCGUGGCGUUAACCAUGAAAGUAUCCAACCUCAGAUUUCUGUGGCUAUUUUUGGCUAUUCCUGUUGUUUCUUACCUGGCAAAUAUACUUGCUAUCCGAACUGCCCAUUUAAGAGCGGUGACAUUCGCCAAUUCACAUGAGCAUCCCGUUGAGACCAUUAUUAGGCGAGCAAACACUGACUUUAACAAUUUACUACUUCGCCAAUCCCAAUCUUACACUGACGCUUGCGACGAAUACCGUCGUCGAUAUAAUUAUGAGCCGCCGCCUGGCUUUGAAGAGUGGUUCAACUAUGCCAAAUCCCACAACUCAAAAAUCAUUGAUGACUUUGAUGUUAUUUAUGAAUCUAUUAUGCCGCUGUGGAAUUACACGGGUAAACAAAUUAAUCAGGCCAUAAAGGAUGUGCAACUCUACUCAGGAAACGAACUCUGGAAAUGUAGAUUCUCUGGUCAGACGAGUUCUACGAAGUGCGUCCACAAUUGGCGCAGUAAUGACAGGCAUGUGAGCAAGUUGUUUAACCAACUCAUGGGUGAUGUCUCAGGCCUGCCGGACGUGGACUUUUUGGUCAACCACUUGGAUGAACCAAGAGUCAUAUUCCCCAGAAAUCAUGAACAAUCUAACCACGUAUCAGGCAUCAAAUUGAAAAGCCUCUCGCGAACUCCGACGUGGAGUUCCCUUACACAACACUGCGACCCAGUUGGGGUUCAAAGUGCCACCAACACCACACCUCCAAUCAACUCAUUCGGUCUGCCAUUCAUUCAAGAUGGACGUUCCUCUAAGGAUAUCUGCAAACACCCUAGCUACCGACAAAUGCACGGUUUAUUAAUGAGCCCAACUUCAUUUCAGCUGCUCGAGGGCAUAGUUCCAAUACUAUCCACUGGGUCCUUGUCCACCAUGGGCGACAUUUUGUUUCCAAGCCCAGCAUACAUUGAGUCAGAGUUCAUCUACAACGAAACACUUGACAUUGACUGGUCUCAAAAACGGAACAACUGGAAGAAUUAUCACAGGCACCGAUUCGUAAGCCUGGCUCAGAUGUUGGAUAAGAAAGAGUAUACAUAUCUCGCCGACAAGGGUGGUGUUGUACAGCGGGUAGCAUCUUCCUUUCUCAAUGGCAGGCUAUUUGAUGUUGCCUUUACAAGAGUCUAUCAAUGCGCAACAGUAGCGUAUCGAGAGCAGUCCUUUCUCUAUCGCAUAAAGGCCUGGGCGGAUAAGGACGCAGCAUUUCAUUCGAGGUUAGCGUUUGACCUCGACGGCAACGGCAUCAGUGGUCGAUGGUACAAAAUGGUGGCUUCCAACUCAGCACCAUUGAAGCAAACUAUUCUUCGUGAGUGGCAUGACGAUCGCCUCUUGCCGUGGGUGCAUUUUAUUCCAGUCAGCCUUGGCAUGGAGGAGCUACCCGAGUUAGUCAUGUAUUUGACCUCGACGAAAAAGGGUCAGCAGACGGCCAAGGAGAUUGCAGAUCGCGGUAGGAAGUGGUUCUCUGAAUCCUUGAGGGACGUGGAUAUGGGUGUGUAUGUAUAUCGCCUGCUAUUGGAGUUGGCGAGAUUGCAGGACCCUGAGCGGAUAGUGUCCUCAAAAUCAAGCACUUGA